CACACGACCUUUCUCUCACACCUCUUGGAUCUCUCUCUCUAUGUAUGUUGAUGUGGUGACAAUUUCUUCACUUUACGCAAUUCACCGGAACUUCGCGCCGACGAACUGUUCAAAUCAACCGGAGAAAGCAAGAAAACGAUAGAUCUAUCUAUUUGCUCCUUCACAGUUGCUUUCAGAGAUGUAUAAUAACAUGGGACCUCAGCCUGGGAUGCCAAUGCAUCAGGGAAUUCCUCAGCCUGGGAUGCCAAUGCAUCCGGCUAUUCCUCAGCCUAGCCCCUUUGGUAAUCCUUUCUCUGGACCUGGCUCUGGACUUAUCAGGAGUGGUUUGGGUGCUUAUGGGGAGAAGAUUUUCGGAUCGAGCUCUGAGUAUGUGCAGAGCAACAUAAGUCGUUACUUCUCCGAUCCCCAAUACUAUUUUCAAGUGAAUGACCAAUAUGUGAGGAACAAGUUGAAGAUUGUUCUAUUUCCAUUCCUUCACAGGGGUAAAUGGUUUCCUUCAGCAUCAAGCAUGCGCAGGNCAGAACCAGUUGGGGGAAGACUUUCAUACAAGCCUCCGAUAUACGAUAUAAAUGCACCAGACUUAUACAUUCCGCUUAUGGCAUUUGGAACCUACGUUGUUCUUGCUGGUUUGUCACUAGGACUCUAUGGGAAGUUUUCUCCAGAAGCUCUGAAUUGGCUUUUUGUGAAAGGAAUGGUUGGCUGGUUUUUGCAAGUCAUGCUGCUGAAGAUAUCAUUGCUUUCACUGGGUAGCGGAGAAGCACCCCUCUUGGAUAUUGUGGCAUAUGCAGGCUAUACUUUCACAGGCCUUUGUCUAGCUGUUCUUGGCAAGAUAAUCUGGGGAUAUUCUUACUAUGUUUUGAUUCCAUGGACCUGCUUAUGCACCGGGGUGUUCUUAGUAAAGACAAUGAAGCGAGUUCUCUUUGCGGAAGCUAGGAGUUAUGACUCAAGCAGGCAUCACUACCUCUUGAUCUUUGUAGCUUUAGCCCAGUUCCCUCUUUUGAUCUGGCUUGGUAACAUUAGUAUGAAUUGGCUCUUUUGAAAUGCAUUACGUUUACGUGGUUGGGGAUUUGGAAUGUCCUCCUGAUGGAGAUAUGGUAGUUGAGGUUUUUUUUGGUGUAGACUUCUCUGUAUGUCAAACAUCAAUAUGGUGAAAGAAAAAGUUUUAUCUCAAAUACACAUCUCUCUUUUUUGUCUUCU